UCUCCAUCAGCACCUUUGCCAACGUUGAUUAGUUCGAUACCAAAUUGCACACGAGACUAAUCAUGGCCGCCGAAGUUGCAGCCGGAGCCUACAUCGCCGCAGAGGCGAUUGAGCACACCGCCGAGGCUGGCUAUGCAGCGUACAUCGUCUCUAAGCCAACAUUGCCUCUCAAGGCUACAUUUAGUCGGAUAGCAACAACUUCAGGUGACCAUUCGGGUCGAUCACUAGAAAGGUCUCACCACACUUUAACAGUGGUCAACAACAAAGCCUACAUCUUCGGUGGCAUUACAGCAGAAAACAAGCUGGCAAGUAACGAAAUUCAUGCAGUAAUUCUGGAGCAUUCUGGCGAGCCUGAGAUGGACUACAACUUGAUUCCAGCGAUACCUUCAGCUGAAGGCGAACGGGUGCCAGAUGCCAGAGCCAGUCACGCAGCUUGUGCGUUCCAUGGGAAUGUUGCUGUGUAUGGAGGUUGCAACGAAAAGGACGAACUUCUCGAUGAGAAGUCGUCAGUAUGGAUGUUCAGCCCAGAACGAAAGACCUGGGAACAUCUAGCGCCCUCGACUCUUGACCUUGCUCCUGGUCCACGACGACAUGCAAAACUCUUCGCGCAAGAUAAGUGUAUUGUCCUGUUUGGUGGCUACGAUGGCUCAGGUGAUCAAGCCAGCGACAUCUGGCAGUUCGACAUAGCUUCAAAGGUAUGGUGGCAGCUUCCUACCGCACCAGUUGCGACCACAAACGUCGCUCUAGCAAACAACCAGCUCUGGCUAAUAUCUGGCUCGGACCCAAUGAGCAGCCAGCUCUACCACCUGGACAUAUCAUCUCCCAAGAACGAGAUGUCAUGGGACACCUUCACGUUCCCGACGAACCCAAUGGCCCCAGGUCCCCGUGCCCGCCAGGACGGAGCACUUCUCCCUAUCCACACCGGGUAUGGGCGCAAUUACCUGAUCUACCUACUAGGCGCUCGCGCAGACACAUUGUCAAGAGCAAACACUUCGCCCGAAAAUCCCAAGCAUACUAAGAAUGCUACGCAGUGGAGUGACACAUGGGCACUACAGAUACCAUCCAGCGAUCUUCAAAUGAAGGCUUCAACAAGUUUCAAGGAGGCUAUCAAACCAGCGAAGAUCAAGGAUGCUAUCAGAUCUGCCCUCGGCGCAGAUACCCACGAGCUGUCGUGGGGUGAAGCAGUUGUGCAAGUACCGUCUGAGAAAGAGCUGGAAGAGAUGGAUGGGAAGCUACACCCAGGACCAAGGGCCUUCUUCGGAGCGGAUGUCAUGCAUGAUGAGAAGAGUAUAGCAUUCUGGGGUGGAGUGGAUGCGAAGGGAGAAAGAGUCGGAGAUGGUUGGGUCAUCAGGUUGGAAUAACACAGCGUGUUUGAAAAAAGAAAACAUGAUUGUACAACACCCGCUGCCCAGAACCAGCCGAAGCCCAUUUCACUGUUACCCUUAGAUCUUCUCGGUCCAGAUACAAUCCCCAAACUGUGCUCCCAUAUGUCCGAACUCAGAGUCCCGCGUGCUUUGGUCUCGAGGCAGUGCCGUCGCCUUUGUGCCGAUAUGAGGAGGAUUGAUUGGCUCUGUGCGAUGCCCAGUGUUAACCGAACAUGAGCAGGUCGCUUUGGUACUAUCUUAGUGUCAGUAGGCCAUUGAGAGUAUCUGGAAACUGAAAACAUAAUUACGAUGACGUGAGAGUAUGAGCAGUGUUUGGUGAGGAGUCUGAGCCUCCGCUAUACAUGGGUACCGGCAUGGUGGAUCGAUAGGU